GUCCCUCGAAAAAAAUACCUUCCCUUUUACGGUUUUGUUUUCCUUUUUUUUUUCUUUCAAAUCUAAUAAUACCUUAUUUUUUAUUAUAUUAUUUGCCAUCCUGGCUUGAUCGAGUAAGGUUUUGGGACGCGCAUAUUGUUUAUAGCAGUUUAUCACAGUUUAUAGUCUGAUAUUGUUUCAGUAUAGUGCAUGUAUGAAUUGUAUGAAAAAUUGAUUCUGUGAUCUGCAGUGUUUCUGUUGAUAGACUACCACAUUUAAGACUUAGCACAUAAAUUAUUUUUUAUCGCAGUGUCGUGUCGCUUUUGUUCAUUUUAGACACGUGGAAAAGUUAUGUCGGCGAAAAUCUAUGGUAAAAAUGAUUCAGUAAAACCAAAGCAUUUUUAUAACUAUAUUUUAAAAAAUAGAAGAAAACUAUGGUAUCAACAUUCGUAUAUUAAAAAAUAAUCCUUUAUAUGGGUAGCAACGUAUGAAUAAGUAAAUUUUUGCAAACAAAUUGAAAAAUAGAAAACAGCCUUCAUAUAACACAUUUUAAUUAAAAUGAGUAAAACACCAGUUUCUAUUCUUCAAGAGAUGAUGGUAAAACAGAAUAUGAUACCUGAUUAUGAGUUGAUUCAUGACGGUGGAGGUCGUCAUGUAAAUACUUUUACCUACCGAGUUUCAUGCGACGGUCUUAGUGCAACUGGUACAGGCCGCUGUAAGAAAGAUGCAAAACAUGAGGCUGCCAAAGCUAUGUUGUCAGAGAUUGCUGCACAUAGAAACUAUCCCCAGCUACCAGCUGCUAGUACACCAACGGUGUCUCCAUCCACAUCGCCAUUUCAUUCUGCUUCUCUUCCACCAAAGAUAUCAGCAAGUGUACCUUUUUUUAAUGCUGUAGGUGAAUUGCAGGAACUUUGUGCAAUUAAUAAUUUACAGGAGCCAGAAUAUAUCCUGAUCAAGGAUAUUGGACCACCACAUGCUAGAAUCUUCACUCUUCGAUGUAAAGUAUCUAAUUUUGAGGAAGAUGGAAUAGCAACUACAAAAAAACAAGCAAAACAUGAUGCUGCGAAAAAAAUGGUAGACAGGAUAAAAAGUCUUGUGAUUGACUCAAGUUUCUACAAAGAGAGAAGUGAAGAGGAGUCUUUAUUAAAUUCAUCCAUUAAAACUAUUGAUAUAGAGCUAAUGAAUAAAAAUGCAGAAGAACGGUACCAUGCAUUGACCAAAACGAGAAAAGUUAAUUUAGGUUUAAAAUUAGCUGAAUAUCAUAAUAACUUUAAAAAUUCCUUGGAGAUAGAUAAACGUAAUAACAUUGUAGAACGAUUGCAACAUAUUUUUUCAAAUAACUUUUUUGGGGGUGAACUUUUUCAAAGUAACAUUACCAUAGAAUCCUUAACGGAAAAAACAUCUGAGUUAGAGACUAUAUUGUCAGAGAUCGAUGUAACAAUGAAUAUAAAAGAUAUGGUUGGAGAAAAUCAGUGUUUCAUGACAGCAAUAGAAUUAAAUACUAGUCCUCUUAUAACACAAAUUGGUAUGGGAAAGAAUAAAUUAGAAGCUUCUUGGAAAGCGUUAGCCCAAGUGAUAACAUCUUUAAAAGUACUUUUAUUGUAAGGUGAAAGAAAUUAACAAUACACAAAUUAAAUUUUUUAUAAUA